AUGGCAAGUCCAAUGCUCUUCCCUGCCGGACUCAUCGUCCUAAUUGUUAUUCUUGUCUUAGUCCCUCAAGCUUGCAGUGCCAACGAUAGUCAUUAUCACUGUCCUGCUUCUUCCUGCGGCAAUAUCCACAAUAUAAGCUAUCCGUUUCGAUUGAAAGGCGAUCCACCAAGCUGCGGCGAUCAAAGGUAUAAUCUGUCAUGUGAGAAUAACCAAACAGUGUUAUACUUAUAUGUUGGAAAGUACUAUGUACAGGAAAUCGAUUACAACAACUAUACAAUCCGGGUUGUAGACCCAGGUGUUCUAAACGAUAACGACUCCUUCAUCCCUCGUUAUUCUCUAUCCUACGAUAAUUUCAGUUCAGCGGAUCCAUAUGAGUUCGAAACGUACAAUUUGUCAUUCGUUGUUGUGGUUUUAGUGAACUGUGAAAAGCCAGUACUGAAUUCUUUGUAUUAUUUAAACAUUUCUGCUUGCUCUGAGGAUGGAGUGUAUUCUUCCAAGAGGUAUAGAUAUGUUCUAUUCUCGCCGAGUCCAGUUGAUUUGGAGGACUUGUGCCAAGUAGAGCAAAUAUCUACCAUACCGUGGUCAGAUCGAUCUUUUGGUGACUUGGGAAAUAUUUCCUGUACAGACUUCCACAAUGAGUUAAGGGCUUUUGAGCUUUCAUGGUACCAAGCUUAUUGUCCAAUCUGCAGAAAUGGCUAUUGCUACCACAAUCACUCGGACAAUAGUGUUAGUUGCUAUGGAUUUGAUGCGGAGCCUCCUGUGGAAGGUGCGGCAGAAAGAAUGCAUGCGUAA